AUGCAACCUCCGAGCCACCCGACUUCUCACCAAGUCUCCAUCAUGGACAUCUUCUUCCCCGGCUUCACUGGCGUCACGGCUGCGCUCCAUCAGCUUCUCAAUGGAAACCUGGAUAGCUAUGCCGGUCUGUUGUGCAUCUGCGGACUGGUGAUGGUCUGUGGUAAGUUCCUGGGCCGGACCAUUGGAGGAUUCGUGGACACUUACUUCACUUCGAAGACCGAUGUCCACGACCCUGACGAGGCAUACGACAUGCUCGAAUGUUGGAUCUCUGCGCAGGACUUUGCUAAGAACGCAUGCUCGUCCCUUAACGAAUCGGCCUUCUUCCUGCGCAAGACGAUGACGGUCUCCUGCUUUGGCCGUUCGUCCCAGAUCCUGCGAGACCUCAUGGACGAGUGUCGCUUGGAAUACCUGAGGCUUUCGGAGAACAAAACCUCGAUCUUCGAGCACCAUAACAACGGCUGGAAAAGAACCAUGACCCGAGACAUCAGACCAAUGGAAACUGUCGUCAUGAACAAAGAGAUAAAGCAGAUGCUCCUUGAAGACAUUCGCUACUUUCUCAAUCCUACGGCGCGUUCGUGGUACGCUAAUCGCGGUCUGCCAUAUCGGAGGGGAUACCUACUGUACGGCCCACCUGGGACCGGAAAAUCCAGUAUCAGCAUGUCUGUCGCGGGCUGCUUCGGACUGGAUAUCUACGUCCUCAGCCUUGCUGGAAUCAAUGACGGGCGUCUGAGCACCUUGUUCGCCGAGCUUCCGCAACGCUGUGUCGUCCUGCUUGAGGAUGUCGACGCAGUCGGCACAACCCAAGCCCGGAACACCGAUGCAGAUGAGUCUGACUCGGGAUCGGAAGUGUCACGCAGCCCAUCAAAGCCACCGGCAACUCUCUCCCUGUCUGGACUCCUCAACGUCCUCGACGGUGUAGCUUCACAGGAGGGACGCGUCCUUUUCAUGACGACCAAUCAUCGGGAGCAUCUGGAUGACGCCCUAAUACGGCCAGGUCGCGUUGACACGCAAAUCGAGUUUCAGCUUGCCGACGCUGAUAUGACUAGAAAGCUUUUCUGCAAUGUGUUCGAACAGUCACAAGAGGAAUUCCCUGAUGCGGAGGCCAGAGAAAAGAGUAAUAAGGAAGUUCGACAGUUAUCUUUUCAGUUUGCUGCUAUGUUUCCGGAGUUGGAGUAUAGUCCUGCCGAUAUUCUCUCGUUCCUUCUCGCAAAGAGGAGUUCUCCGUCAAGCGCUUUGGCCGAUGCGGCAGGGUGGGUAGCGAAGAACAGAAAGGGGGAAGUACUGAGGAGGGGUGAUUCUUGGGUUCAUGGUGGUUGA